CGGGGCCGCGGCGGCGCGGCGCUGUCUCGGCGCUGGUCCUGGGCGCGCGUGGCCCGCGGCUCGCGCCGGGAUGUCGGGCCGCGGCAAGCAGGGCGGCAAGGCGCGCGCCAAGGCCAAGUCGCGCUCGUCCCGCGCCGGCCUGCAGUUCCCCGUGGGCCGCGUGCACCGGCUGCUCCGCAAGGGCAACUACUCGGAGCGCGUGGGCGCCGGCGCGCCCGUGUACCUGGCGGCCGUGCUCGAGUACCUGACGGCCGAGAUCCUGGAGCUGGCGGGCAACGCGGCCCGCGACAACAAGAAGACGCGCAUCAUCCCGCGCCACCUGCAGCUGGCCAUCCGCAACGACGAGGAGCUCAACAAGCUGCUGGGCCGCGUGACCAUCGCGCAGGGCGGCGUGCUGCCCAACAUCCAGGCCGUGCUGCUGCCCAAGAAGACCGAGAGCCACCACAAGGCCAAGGGCAAGUGAGGCCGCCGCGCGCGCGCGCGCCCGCCCGGCCCCGCCGGGCCCAGAGACAUCAAAGGCUCUUUUCAGAGCCACCCCAGCCUCGAGAAAAGAGCCGCACGCGGGGCGCCCGUGGGUGCACGCAGUCAGGCGCGGGGAACCCACGUGUAUGAGGAGUCUGCCGCUGAUGAGCAGCACAGGGAGGUCCUGUCCUUCUAGUGUACUGAGUUCAAACGGUCAAGCUUUCUAAAGGUCCGGUCUAGGGGGCUUGAGGCGGUCGCAUCAGCCUUGUGGGGCAGGGCUGUGUGUCAGGGGGUGGAUGAUCGGAUACGUUUCUUUGGGUUUUUUUGUUUUAAUCUUGCCGGAGAUCAAGCCCAGGGCCUGGCAGGCGUAGCUCUACACACCCCUGAUGCACUUACCUCAAGAUAGAAGCUUUCGAAGAAAUGUCAUUGUAAGUUGGAUAUUCGGAGGAAUUAAAAUGGUCGGGUUUGGAUUGGCCAAACGUUCGAAGAUUCCCUUAGUUGAUUGCUAAACCCAGAAUAAAGUAAUUUUAUGCAGUU